AUGUGGAUUGAGGGCCACCCCCGCCCCCAGGCUUGGAAAGCAUCUUUCGCCAAGGGCAAGCCUUCUGUGACGCAAAGGGACGGAGUAACUUCCAAAUUUGGCCCAACCGUUGGCGGUUGUUUGGCCUCCGGCUUCGGGAUUUGCAUUCUGGGCUCAACACCAGCUGCCAAGCACUCAAGACAAGACGAUGGAGAAAUAAUCGCUACUUGCGCCUCCCUCGCCUGCAUAGGUUUGCCCCUCCACGGACAAGCCUGCCUUGCUGCUUUGUUUAACCGUUCUCUUCGGCUGUACGAGAAAGGAUGUGUCAGAGUGCAUGCGGAGCCGCCGUGUCACACCCUCAAAGAAGGUUUUACCAUGUCUCCAGCUCCCGCCUGUGGUUGCAAGCGCAUCCCUUGUUGGUAA